CGUUACAUUCUCCUAUGCCAGCAGACUUACUGCUCUUUUCAGUAGAGCAGCUCAGAGCUGAAGUGAUUCUAUCUCUCGCUGGCUAUCGGGAUGCAGCCACAGCGCUCAGUGACUCAGGGGGCUCUGCAAACCGUUUGAUGCACAUUUUCCGGGAUAUUAUAAAUGGCACAAAUAUAAUGUUUGUAUUGGAAAAAAAAAUCCAGGAGUGGAGGAUUUCCCUUAGUUAGUAGUCCCUCUGCUGGUGUUGCUGCUGUGUACGUGCACAUCGUACGUUGGGCCUCUGAACUGUAAUUCUAUAGUAUGGCUGGAUCUGCCAGGGAUCAUAAUCUUCCUGUACGAAGACAAAACCAUCAACUUCGUCACACGUUAAGUCCAGAGAAUCUUCAGAGCUUGGCUUCCCAGAACACAAUGGCAGAGAAUUUACAUUUUCAGAGAGCUAACAGCGAUACUGACUUGGUGACCUCUGAUAGCCGUUCCAGUCUGACCGCAAGCAUGUAUGAAUACAUAUUGGGCCAUUCCCAGGAACUUAUCAUUUUUUGGGAUAUAAAGGAAGAAGUGGACCCAACUGAUUGGAUUGGACUUUAUCACAUAGAUGAAAACUGCCCAGCAAAUUUUUGGGAUUCCAAGAACAGAGGUGUAACUGGAACUCAAAACGGGCAGAUCAUAUGGAGAAUUGAAUCGGGUCCCUAUUUUAUGGAACCUGAAAUAAAAAUUUGUUUUAAGUAUUAUCAUGGAAUAAGUGGGUCUCUGAGAGCUACAACACCUUGUAUCACUGUGAAAAAUCCUGCUGUAAUGAUGGGAGCAGACGGUACGGAAGAUAUGGAAGGGGCUUCUGCAGCUCACCAAUGCCGAAAAUUAGCUAGCUUUACUUUAUCAGAUCUAAGAGCAGUUGGAUUAAAAAAAGGGAUGUUUUUUAACCCAGACCCCUAUCUCAAGAUGUCCAUUCGACCUGGGAAAAAGAGCACGUUUCCCACAUUUGCUCACCAUGGUCAAGAAAAGAGAUCUACUAUAAUCACAAACACUACAAAUCCCGUAUGGCACAGAGAGAAAUAUAAUUUUGUUGCACUUUUAACGGAUGUUUUGGAAAUUGAAGUAAAAGAUAAGUUUGUCAAGAGUCGUCCUAUCAUCAAGAGGUUUCUUGGGAAGUUAACCAUCCCAGUACAGCGACUGAUGGAAAGGCAUGCUAUCGGUGACCAAAUUCUGAGUUAUAAUCUUGGCAGAAGACUCCCAACUGAUCAUGUCAGUGGAUAUUUACAGUUUAAAGUGGAGAUUACAUCAUCAGCCCAUGAUGAUGCUUCCCCAGAGGCAGUCGGUACACUUCUUGCUGCAAAUAACAUAAAUGGAGAGCUUGGGACACCUUCUGACGAUGAAGACAUGCCCACUGGGCAGGAUACCACUUCUGUGUGUGCCAAUGGUCCAUUGUGUGCAGGAGCUUUGAUAAGUGAGACACCAACACAUGCUGCCAGAUCUAGUAGUACCUCUGAGACUGACUAUGAAGAAGCGUCUUCAACAGCUUCAAGGACAUCUCCUAUUCGCAAUCGCCAAGACUCUCUUAAUGACUACCUUGAUGCACUAGAUAACAGCAAUCGUGCCAAAAUGGAUGCUUCAGCCUGCAGUGAUCGUUCGCUUGGAGCAUCGCCAAAACUAAGAAGCAGUUUCCCCACUGAUACAAGGCUGAAUGCAAUGCUUCAUAUUGAUUCUGAUGAGGAAGACCAUGAGGCUGGAUCAUUUCUGCAGGAUGUCUUAUGUCGGUGUCCUCUGGUAGAAGAGCCUGGACUGCUAAAUGGUGCCAACAGAGCCGGUAAUGGCACUUGUGCCAGUAGCAUAUCACAGCCAAUACAAGAAAGCAGUUUAGAAAAUGAAGAACUGACUGUGCAGACACCUUCACAGAAUAGUGAUAAUGCAAGCAAAACAUUUCCCUCCAAUCGGCCUGUUUUGGGGGCAAGAGGAGAUGAAGAUCAGAUUGUUCUGGAAACAAGUGUUGAUGAACAGGAUAACCCUGGUACACGUGCGUGUAUGGAAGCUCAAGAAAGUUCUGCUGCAUCUUCUGAGCUUUUUAUUUUAGAAAACGGUAAAAGCAGGGUUACACGUUUAAGUGAACAAACUCCAUCUGAGAUAUCACAGAUUGUACCUGAAAUGGACAUGCAUGGUGAACUUCCACAGUCGCAGAGUUCCUGUGAAGCCAGUAGUAGAUCAAAUGGAGGAGGCAGUGUGGCUGGGGCAGAAGUAUUUUAUAAUUUUCAUGUAAGUUCAGGAGAUUCUACAGAAAAUGCAUGUUCUUCAUCUUUUGAAAGUUCAGUAUUUUCUGAAAGUCCACCCUUUUCAUCUAAAAUUGAGGACUGUGGAGCCCAUGCAUCAGAAUCUGGGAUUGCUGGUGAUUCAGAGAUACAGGUUUUACUAUGCAACCCAUGUUCCCUUCCUUCUGUGAAUGUGGUCACCAAGAAUAAACAUGGGGGCCGUGGAGGUUCAGAUAUCUCAUAUGAAGGAGAAGGUACAGAGGAAAUCUGGCAGAGGAGAAACCUUCAAGCAGCAUCAGUAGCCAGGCCGCAAACUCAAGAUGAAGACCUUGGAGCUGCACAGUCUUCAUCCAGCGACAUGAUGCAGACUUCCUGGCAAAGUGAGGGUGCCACAAGUUCUCAAGGAAAUGGCCACCAGCCCCUACGCUCACUUCCUUCGGUCCGACAGGAUGUGGGCCGGUACCAGAGAGUGGAUGAAGCUUUGCCACCCAAUUGGGAGGCACGAAUCGACAGCCAUGGCAGGAUUUUCUAUGUAGAUCAUAUAAAUCGGACGACAACGUGGCAGCGGCCCACAGCGCCACCAGCUCCACAAAUCCUUCAGAGAUCCAACUCUAUCCAGCAAAUGGAGCAACUUAACCGAAGGUAUCAAAGCAUCCGACGAACAAUGACAAAUGAUCAUCCUGAAGAACUGGCAAAUCCAGUUGAUGGAGCUGCAGUAGGAGAAGAUGUUGAUUAUCAUCAUUCUAAUGCAGAUUUCCGAAGAGAGAAUGCGCUUCCUCACUCUACCUCAAGGUCCAGGCUCAGUCUACUGCUUAACUCUCCUCCUGUGAAGUUCCUGACCAGUACAGAGUUCUUUACAGUUCUGCAUUCAAACCCUAGUGCCUAUCGCAUGUUUACUAAUAACACUUGUUUGAAGCACAUGAUCACCAAAGUUCGACGAGACACACAUCAUUUUGAGCGUUAUCAGCACAACCGAGAUCUUGUAGCAUUCCUGAAUAUAUUUGCCAACAAGCAACUCGAGUUGCCAAGAGGCUGGGAAAUGAAACAUGAUCAUCAAAACAAGCCUUUUUUUGUUGACCACAACGCUCGAAGUACCACAUUUAUUGACCCACGUCUUCCAUUACAAAGCAGCAGGCCAACCAGUGCACUGCUCCAUCGGCAGCAUUUAACAAGACAGCGCAGCCACAGUGCUGGGGAGGUGGGAGAAGAUGCACGUCAUUCAGGGCCUCCGGUUUUGCCAAGACCAUCUAGCACAUUUAAUACAGUUAGUAGGAGCCAUUACCAAGAUAUGAUGCCAGUUGGUUACAAUGAAAAAAUAGUUGCAUUCUUACGUCAGCCAAACAUCUUUGAAAUUCUCCAGGAACGUCAGCAUGAACUCUGCAGGAACCAUUCACUCAGGGAGAAGAUUCAGUUUAUUCGAGCAGAAGGUCCCUCAGGACUGGUACGUCUAUCUGGAGAUGCAGACCUUGUCAUUCUUUUAAGCCUUUUUGAAGAAGAGAUAAUGUCCUACGUCCCACCGCAUGCCUUACUUCAUCCCAGCUACUGUCAGUCUCCACGUGGUUCCCCGGUGUCUUCUCCCCAAAAUUCACCAGGUACUCAGCGGGCCAAUGCACGAGCACCAGCACCCUACAAACGGGAUUUUGAGGCAAAGUUACGGAAUUUUUAUCGAAAGCUUGAAACGAAAGGUUACGGGCAGGGUCCUGGGAAAUUAAAGUUAAUUAUACGGAGAGACCAUUUACUGGAAGAUGCCUUUAAUCAAAUUAUGGGUUAUUCAAGGAAAGAUCUGCAGAAAAAUAAACUCUAUGUAACAUUUGUUGGAGAAGAAGGGUUGGAUUAUAGCGGACCAUCCAGGGAGUUUUUUUUUCUUGUCUCUAGAGAACUGUUCAACCCAUACUAUGGUUUAUUUGAAUACUCUGCAAAUGACACCUAUACUGUACAAAUAAGCCCAAUGUCUGCUUUUGUAGACAAUCAUCAUGAAUGGUUCAGAUUUAGUGGUCGUAUCCUUGGACUUGCACUUAUACAUCAGUACUUACUGGAUGCCUUCUUUACACGCCCGUUUUAUAAGGCUCUUCUAAGAAUACUCUGUGAAUUGAGUGACUUGGAAUACCUUGAUGAGGAGUUCCACCAGAGCCUGCAGUGGAUGAAGGACAAUGAUAUUAAUGAUAUUUUGGACCUUACAUUCACUGUCAAUGAAGAAGUAUUUGGUCAAAUUACAGAGCGAGAGCUAAAGCCAGGUGGUGCCAACAUCCCAGUCACAGAGAAAAAUAAGAAAGAAUAUAUUGAGAGGAUGGUGAAGUGGAGGAUUGAGAGGGGAGUUGUGCAGCAGACAGAAAGUCUAGUGAGGGGCUUUUAUGAGGUAGUAGAUGCUCGUCUGGUGUCCGUUUUUGAUGCAAGAGAACUUGAGUUGGUUAUUGCAGGCACAGCUGAGAUUGAUCUAGGGGACUGGAGAAUACACACGGAAUACAGAGGAGGUUACCAUGACAACCACAUUGUAAUUCGAUGGUUUUGGACUGCUGUUGAGAGGUUUAACAAUGAGCAGCGUCUUCGUUUGUUACAGUUUGUUACCGGCACGUCUAGUAUACCAUACGAAGGAUUUGCGUCUCUCAGGGGUAGCAAUGGACCCAGAAGAUUUUGUGUGGAAAAGUGGGGUAAAAUUACAGCUCUUCCCAGAGCCCAUACAUGUUUUAACCGCCUUGAUUUGCCACCAUACCCAUCAUUUUCUAUGCUAUGUGAAAAACUUUUGACUGCUGUCGAGGAAACAAGUACCUUUGGUCUUGAGUAGAGUACUUGCUCUGGUUAAAUUAUUUGCCAAGCUACAAGGUGGUGCGGACUAUUUCACAGUUUUCAAGUACAGAUCUAGGAAUUCCUUGAUGAUUCCAAAGUUCUAAGACAUAUUUUGGUGAUUUUUUUAGUAUUUAAUUUGCAAGAACAGCAAAGAACAAAAAAAAAAUUCUUCAAUCAACAAUUUCUGGAUGCAUUUCUAGUAAGAUUCUGAAAUCUGAAAAGUGGGACCUGUUUAGACUUUGAUCUCAACACGUAACAGAAGAAAAAAGAAUGCAAUAUGGAAUCUGCCGCACAGGGAAAAUAAACAGAUACGCUGAAAAGUGCAUUCCAACUGUGCAUAAUAUUAAAGGUGCUUGCAUGGUAUGCACCCUAAGGUUAUAUCUUACAUAGCAAACAGACCAAAAUUAAGGGUCAUAGUUACUUAUGGACUCGGUAAAACCCUAUGCAUGUUUUUAAUCUGUUUAUUCAUUUGGUGAAAUCAUUGUCAUUAUUAUUCAGUUUAACACAUGCAAAUAAGAUUGCAUAUAAUAUGUCUGAAUAUUUUACCCACAUCAUUGUUGCUGCUUUCUUCACAUGUUUUUAAAUGACACGGUUCUUUGCCAGCACUAUAAAUAAUGGAAUUGUAUGUAAUUAAUUAUUGAUUUUAUUUAUUCUUUGCAUCUAAAAGUUGCAAUCCCUGACACACAAUUUUGAAAAUACAUAUCUGUAUUGCUCAUUGUUCUUUAUUUUUUUUACACUAUGUAAAGAUUUUUUUAUGAUAAAUCUCCAUGGAUAUACAA